UCUCUUCUAGGGCGCUGUUGGGCCUUUCUCCCGCUCGAAAGCUCCGGCGACGACCACAAUGGCUAGGUGCGGGCGCCGGCGAUGGCCCCGGCGCAUCCCUGUGGCUCUUCUCAAGAUCUACGGUGAUCGUGCUCUCACUCUGAGACACGCGAUCCUCUCGCUUCUCCCGCCUCCUCCGCCUUCCCCGUCGCACUGCACUUGCCUUGGUUUUCGUUGUCUCGCCUGCGUUCGUGGCCCUUAUCUCCUCCGAGAUGGCGAUUCCUCUGACUAUCGCCGCUUCCUUUCCUGCUCUUUCUGCGUCCUUUCCUCAGAUGCUCCGCCGCCGCCGAAAGAUUUUGUCCCCUGUGGCUUCACCCAACGUCUGAUUGUAGAGAACACACUGGAGCUGUAUGUGGACACGCGAAAAUCACAUGAAAAUGUGCUCUGCAAUGGCUAUGACAAUGUAGCACGAAGGAGCCCUAAUGUUGAACUUCUUUCUACUUCCACUUGGGGUCUCCUCUUGUCGCGAAUUGGUGAUCCGCUCAUGGUUUUCCUACUGCAGUUUUCAUCUAUAUUUGUACCUCUUAUGAACAAAAGCUACCAUCAAGUUACAGGAUUUCCUAUUUAUACAAUUCUGAGUGUUCAAAAUUGUUCAUUUAAUUCAUCAAAAUUUACUAAGAAGCGAGUAUCAGGCGUUGGGAAGUCCACCUGUUAUGGACAUAUUUCCAAGAGAAGGCGAAUUGAUUUUGAAGAGCAGAACAAGGGUACCAACUUCCGUGUUCAUCAACCCGGUGGAUUAUUGGGUUUCAAUGAUUCUACGAAAUCUAUUGGUGUAGGUAGAAUGAUCAGAAUGUAUGCAAAAGACUGUCAAAAGUAUGAUGGGCAAAACAAUAUGGUGGAUUGCAGCAUACCAGUUGGUUGUCUUGAGAGGAGCUCAUCAUUAGAACUUGUGGAUAGAAAGAACAUGAGGACAAGUCUGUGCCAUCAUUCUGCUGACUUUUUUAGGCUACAAUCUUGUGGUACUGUCAAUGUAGAAUCUGGAUCAGAAUCAAAGAAUGUUGACAAAACCUUCUGUGUACAUAACAAUCCUUGUUACAGCAAAUCAGCGGGAAGUGUUUUCCCAUUACAGCCUGUCAUAAUACAUUCAGUGGAAACCGUGUUCCCUUGUCACCAAAGGAAUGAUGGUGUCUGUGCAUCAGUAGAUACAACCAAUUUUACAAAGUCUACUAAUUUCAGAAAGCGUGGGAGGCAAUUCAGUUGGCAUCGUCGUAGAAAGAACAAAAUGGCAUCUUAUCCUAGAGAAUAUGUACCCAAUAACCCUACUUUUCCUGGAAAAGAUGAUGUGAGCUCAAAAAUGGCACAACAACAAAACUCUUCCACAGUUUGUCAGCAACCUGCAGAGCCAGCAAGGACAAUUAAUUGUGGAGUCUUCACUGACAAGGGACAGAGUUCUGUCAGUCCUCUUGAUUGCAAUCUAUCAGAAGACUUGGAAGCAACCAUCAAAGAACAUGAUUUCCUUUCCAGGGAUUCAUCUAUCAAUGAAAGAGUAGCUACUUCCCAAAAUGUUUUACCCGCAUAUGAGCAAGCAGCAAAAAAGGUUACCAUGAGAACUUGUAUUGAAAGGCGACACAUCUUCUACUCCAAAUCAUCAUCAUAUUUAUUGUUCCCCAGACAUCAUAUAUUGAACAGGCUGAAGCCAAAUAAUGCAGGUGCAACUUAUCUUAUGGAGAUUAUUUUUGGAUUUCCUCAUGGUGGAUCUAAUGCUUCCAUUUCAUGCAAUCUUCUGACUGAAUCUUGCUCCAUCAGAUCUAAGUGCUUGUACCAUUCCCUUCUGCGCAUUCUUAAAUCUCUUAUAAGAAAUUCCCAGCGUUGCCAAUAUAGGAAGUUGCUGAAUAAACAUUGCAAGAGUCCAACUAUCAAAAGAUCUGAUCAGCUUCAUGAAAAACCCCAUGAAGACAGUACCAUGCAAUUUGACCUUGUUGGGUCUUAUUGCAGGCAUGACCAAGUGGUUUCUUUUAUAUGGGCUGUCGUUAGGAAUAUAAUUCCUACAGAUAUGCUUGGUGGCUUUUCUACUUGGAGAGCAUUGAGGAAGAAUAUUGCAAAGUUUGUCAGACUACGUAGGUUUGAAAAAUUUUGUGUGGAAGAUUGCAUCCAUGGACUAAAAACAUCAUCUUUUUCAUUUCUUCAUAAUAUCAGAAUUUCUAGCUGCUACUGUAAUAGUGAGAAUAAGUAUGAAGAUGAGGGCAUGAAGAUUAACCCCCUGAAGGUCACUGGUGCAAAAUUGAGUUUGCAUAACAAACUCAUUCAGAGUUGGAUAUUUUGGUUAUUUUCGUAUAUUUUGACACCCAUAAUAUCUUCAAACUUUUAUGUUACAGAAAAAGAGUCUGGAAAACAGGAUGUGUUUUACUAUUUAAAGCCAGUUUGGAGGCAUUUAGUUGGAAGAGCCAUUGUUUGCCUAAGGAAGUGCAAUUAUAAGUUAGUCGAAAGUGGAUAUGUUGGACGAGUUCUUAGUAAAAGACAGUUUGGAUUUUCAAAGGUCAGAUUUCUUCCAAAAGGGAAGAGCUUGAGGCCUCUGGCUAAUCUUAAAGCACCAAGUAAGCUGAGGUUUUCUAAUCAAGAAUUUGCUUCAAGAAGUUCCUCUUCUGUGGCAGGAAAGUGUGUAGGAGAAGAUUUUAAAUCAAUGAAGACUCAUGGUAGGGGAUUGGUUACCCGUCUUAAGUCUGUAAAUUCUGCUCUUCAUGAGCUGCAUGCAAUUUUGAGGAGCAUUGUUGUUGAAGAUCCUGAUAAGUUGGGGUCUUCUGUUUUUGACUACAAUGAUAUCUACCACAAAUUGUGUCAUUUUCUUUCUAAAAUUAAAAAGGAAUGCAGUAUUAUGCCCAAGAUGUAUAUUGUCAUCGCAGAUGUAACAAAGGCAUUUGACUCUAUUGACCAGGAUAUUCUGAUCAAAAUCAUGAAAGAUGUUAUUAAAAAUGAGGAGUAUGCCGUUAGAAAAUAUGCACAAAUUAUUUGCAACAAAUCUCCAAUUACCCUUUAUAAGCAAGCAACUUUUGAUGAAAGUGGCAGAGGUUUUGAUGUUAAAAAUUUUCAAGCAUCUACCCGAUUGUGUUCAUCUCGGGGUAUCCUUGCUGAUAAGGGGAUUAUUAAAAAGAUCAAACAACAAAAGCUUCACUGUCUUCUUCAUGAACAUGUGAAGCGCAGCCUUAAUACGUAA